UACGUCGUAGAAUAAUGAGUUUUUGAUUUAUGCCGGUACGCGCAUUCACUUUGGCACUUGGGUGUGAAAUUGGAUGUUAAUGAUAGCUGCUUUUACAUAUGUUUUGUCACAAUACAGUAGUUUGUUAGGUGACAGCAAUAUUCGUUAGCUAGCAUCUUAGCCAUCUAGCUAAAUAAGUGGCUGCCUCAAACUAAGUUACGUAGCAUAGUUUAUUUUCUUUUUUUUCUCAAUGAAAGCUGUUAUUCUUGCUGCGGGAUAUGGAACAAGGUUACAAAGAGACAUUGAAAACGACACGAGCGGAAGGUUCAGAAACCUUUCUGGAAUUGCCAAGCCACUGCUUCCUGUGGGUUACUGUGCCUUGAUAUCUCACUGGGUCCAAGCUUUGAAUGCUAGUGGAUCCGUGAACACUAUCUAUGUCGUUACAAAUGCCCUUUACCACAAAGCUUUUGAGAAGUGGGCCCUGGAUUUCCCCAUUGUCAAAGUCCUCAGUGAUGGAACAAGGAGCAAUGAGGACCGCCUAGGUGCUGUCACCUGCCUGCAGCUCUCAGUGAAGCACUUCAAGAUCGAAGACCAUGUUAUAGUCAUAGGAGGAGACACACUGUUCAAGGAAGAUUUCAGUCUCUCUGAUGUUAAAGAAAGGUUUUCUGAUCUGCAAGCACAUUGUGAAGACUCUUGUCUGGUUCUUUCCUACCAAUGCAAAGAUCAAGAGACUGGAAUGUAUGGUAUUCUAGAGGUGGAUGAACACCUUCGGGUCCUUUCUAUGAAGGAGAAACCUCCUCCCUCUGAGACAAAGUCACGUAGAGCAUGUCCGUGUUUCUACUUGUUUUGCAAGAGAAGCCUUCCUCUAUUGGAUGUCUUUCUUGAUGAAAAGAAGGAAGCCCCAAUUGAGGAAAAGGAUGCACCAGGAAACUUUUUGGCAUGGCUCAUUUCAAGAAUGCCUGUGUAUGUUCAUCAGAUUUCUGGACGUUUUGAUGUGGGAAACCUGUCCUCCUAUGUUGAAUGUGACCGGUACUUCAGAGAAAAUCUUCAAGACGUGCAGUCUUACAUGAUGUAGCUCACACUUGCAUGUGACAAUGAGGAAAACUGGAAUUUUAUUUGUGCCUUUGGGUAUUACAAACAAUAUUUCAAUGACCAAAAUGUGUAUAUUAAAAUAAGUC